ACCAGUUAGUUGUUGCGUCUCCUUUUCAGAGCACGCACCUAUAUGUGACGCGGGAAUCAAGCGACGACGAGUAUACUCGUCAAACAGUGUAUCAAACAGUGUAUCGUCGAACAAGUGUCGCUGUUCAAAUAAUAGAUCAAAAAGACGGUUUUGUUUCAAAUAAAAUUAACAAUUUCCCGUUACCAAUAUUUACUUAUUCGCUUAACGUUAACAUGUACUGCAUACGUAAUGAAACGAAAAACGCAAGAAAAAUCAGACACUUAUGAAAGUUAAACAAUUUUCAUUGAUGUCGUAGAAUGGUAUUCAGCGAAACAAGGAACGAUACAUAAUGGCAAUAUGCACGACGAACGCCAAUAUCGUGAUACUUUUCUAAUUUUAUUUUUAUAACAAACCGAACAGCAUCGUGUAGGUUUGACCAAAAAAUAUUUUAAAUAUUUUGAAGUUUGAGAAUAUGUUUUUGUUUCCAUUAAAAUUACAAUUUAAAUAGCCAAUGGCCGCUACUUUUUACGCACGACAAGUAUACUCGUCAUAACACAAUAUACUGCCUCUUCAAACUGGUUAAUGACGUCAAACUGGUUAAUACUUCAAAUAACAGUAAAUUCACAGGUCGCACUCAGUUGACAUUUCGACACCAGGAUAUCGUCUCGAAGCCAUUGCCAUCGGCAAGCUUCGCAAAUUCAUCUUGCGGGAGUGUUACCUUCGGUAAUUACAAGAACGUUUCGUGCAGAACUGGAUUAUCAAGUGUCGGACAAUCGGAAAUUAAUCAUCCAAGUAAUUGGAUAGGCGUGGUGCAACAUUGCUUCGCUGAAGAGUACGGUACAUUUGGAUUACUGACGAUUUUAAAUGGAGUCUACGAACGCGAUCUUGUAUCCACCGAUCGUUCCCGAUGGCGCCUUGAUGAUGAGCAUCGAGUCGCUUGACAGGAACCCGCUGUCUCGCCUUUUCGUCGAGAGACCGAUUGUCAGGGCUGCGAGCAUACUGCGCAGAGAUUCCUCCACCGAGACCAUUGACGUCAACAGACUGUGUCAGACGAACACGUCAGUGAUACAAUAUGUCGAAAUCGCAGAAUCCGAUGGCCGCCUCUACAGCGUAGACGGUCUCGUCAGCACGCCAUGUUGGCUAAAGAUCGUCAGCCUAGCCAAGGACUGUCACAGCUGCAACGUUCUACUGAUGACCACCGACAAAGGCGUGAUCUUGAAGGCCAUCAGAAUCAUCACUCCGGGCGAACCGUUACUGAUGUGGUUCACGGAGAACAUCCUAGCUAUGAUUAACAUGCCAUUUCUGACGCCCUCGAACAUUCAAGGCCAGAACCGCUACAUCUGUCACAUGUGCCAAAACCUGUUCGAAUAUCCAAACCCCCUGAAGCUUCAUCUAGCAUUAAAGUGUAACCGACUGGACAGCCAACACCUCUGGUCGGUGCUCGCGAAAGAGUUCACUCUCUCGCCGAGGAGUAGCCUGUCCCUGAGCCUCUUCCCUCAGUCGUCGUUCAGGUUCGAGCUGACCAAAUCGCCGCGGUCAUCUCCCACAAGGAUAUCGAUCCAGGUGGAAAGCAUGGACUCGAAUCCUUCGUUGAUCCACAACUCGCCCGGCUCCUCGAACGAGAUAUCGCCGUUGUCCUCCGAUCCAUCCCCUAACUCGCCGGCCGCGCAAAUCUCGCCAAACCCUCAGUUGUCGCCGUUAAACGAGGAGCUGAACUUCCGAAAUUCUGCGUUCAAGCCCUACAUGAACCAGGGCAACGUGUUCAACAAUGCCUUACCCCCGGCCAUAGAGGACACCGUCUUAGUGCCGUACAGUGCUCAGCCGAACGGAGGACCAACGGAUCCGGACAUUCAUGCUGCUCAUAUGGAAACGUUCGUCAGCAAUCUGGGGAAAUCGAAGCAGGGUCACCUGUGCAUUUACUGCGGCAAAGUGUACUCGAGGAAGUACGGACUGAAGAUCCACAUCAGAACCCACACAGGUUACAAACCGCUGAAAUGCAAGUACUGUUUGCGCGCGUUUGGUGACCCAAGCAACCUGAACAAGCACACCAGGCUGCACGCGGAAGAUACACCUUACAGGUGCGACCUCUGCGGCAAGGUGCUCGUGAGAAGGCGAGACCUCGAGAGACAUCUGAAGUCGAGGCACCAGGAUAACACCGACCAGGCCUCGGACUCCUCGUCCGAAGGAAUCGACGUUUGAGACGUUGAAAUGACAUAAUAAUAAUAAUGGUGCUAACCCGUUGGACCAGCGUUCUAUUACAUUCUUGACGAUGAAACGCAAUGUUCGUUUGGAAGCGAAAUGUUUGCGUCCGAGUAAGUAGCGAUCUGCGAUAUGGAAGUUGUAGAUCGUGAAUUAGGUUCAUUAACCAGUUGAACCGUGCAGGAUAACAUGGAAGAUCGAGUAUUAUGUGAUGAAUAUUCCAAUUACUUAUGUAUAAAUAUGGAUUCGAUGAAUUCGAUGAAUAAUAGUAUGGAUAUUUUUUGUAACAAUUAGGGUAAGAUUAUUUAAGCGUGACAUCGUUGAGAAAAAUCAGCUACAGCUGAGCUGUACUGAGCAUCGUUCAUGCAUCAUUCGUCGUAGGACUACGUCUGAGACUAUUUUUAACUGCCUUAGCGUUAAAUUACUGUUAUCUCAGUUUCUAGUCGGAAUAUUAAAAUAAAAUUGUUAUACCAUA